ACUCAGUUUCAUUUGAUGCAAAGCUGCUUCAGUUCGUUUCCUUCAGGCGUCUCCUUAUCACGAUCGCGAUUCACGACGCCACGCUUCUUCGAAGGCAGUCGCGGCGGCAGCUCUGCAUCCUAAUCCUCCGAGACGAUUGCCACUGGGGUCUCCUCCUUCGUGAAGUUUUUAGUAAAUUUAAUAGCAGCAUUUUAGGUUUCAUUGAGUGUCGGGCAAGUCGUGAGUAGCGUUUGGUAGCAGAUUAGGUUACAGUCUCCGAGCCAGUCGCUCCUCCAAGAUACCACCAUGGACGACGAUCCCAUGACCGGCGACGGCGCAUCGCUCCAGCGCAUGCCGACGCUCCACGUUCGCGAAAUUCGCGAUCGGUUCCUGAAAUUCGAGCUUCGCGAAACAGACGUGUCCGUCGCGAAUGUUCUUCGCCGAGUCAUGAUGGCCGAAGUGCCCACCAUCGCCAUAGAUCUCGUCGAGAUCGCGAAUAACACUUCGGUGCUAAACGACGAAUUUAUCGCACACAGACUAGGCCUCAUCCCAUUGGUCAGCGACCGUGCGAUGUCCAUGAAGUUCUCUCGCGACUGCGACGCGUGCGACGGCGACGGCCCGUGCGAGUACUGCGCAGUGGAGUUCACGCUCAACGUCAAAUGUACGGGAGAUGACACGCUGGACGUUACAACUCACGAUCUGGUGCCGUCGUCGAGUGACGACAGCGACGACGCUGUCCUUCCUGUGGAUUGCACGAGACGAAUUGAGGGGGAGGACGGCGAGGAGAAAGGAAUCGUAAUUCUGAAACUGCGGAAAGGCCAGGAGAUCCGUCUCCGUGCAAUCGCCAGGAAGGGCCUGGGCAAGGAUCACGCCAAGUGGUCGCCGGCUGCUACAGUGACGUUCAUGUACGAGCCCGAGAUCACCAUCAACCACACGCUCAUGGAUGGCAUGACCCUGGAGGAGAAAAGGGAGUGGGUGGAUUCAUCUCCGACUCAAGUCUUUGGGAUUGACGAGCAUGGCCAGGUUUAUGUAGAGAAUGCGGAGCUGUAUGCGUAUGACGACGAGGUCAUAACCAAAGCAGAGGAUUUGGGUCGACCUGGCCUGGUGGAUAUUCGGCCGCGCCAGGACAGCUUUAUCUUCACGGUUGAAUCGACUGGAGCUUUAUCUGUAGAGAGAAUGUUUUUGGAUGCGGUGGAGGUUCUUCGGCAAAAGAUUGAAGCAGUGAGGCUGUCCGGGGACGGGGAUGAAGGUGAUGAUGACCACCUUGCCAAUUUCAUGCGUCGUGGGUAGGCCGAAUAUAUGUUUGUACUCAGCUUCUUGCCGAUAUAUCUUGUCUUCAAUUCCGGCAUGUUUUAACACUAGUUAACC